AUGGAGAAGGACAGCAAGCCUGUAGGAGAGCAUAUCGAACACCAAGACGACAAGGGGAGUGAUCCUCACCAUUACACCUCCACUGGCGCCGAGGUCUGCGAGAGUGCCUACGCCGGCUACUCACGAGCGCAAGUCCUACGUGUCUUCUGGAAGUCUACCCUCUUUUGCGCCUUGGCCGUGUGGGCUGGUCUGUCAGACGGAUACGAAUAUGUUGUCACUGUAUCUAUUGUGUCGAAUCAAGGGUUCAUCAAUCAGUUUGGUACAGUCGAUGCUAGUGGCACCGCUGCCAUUCCCGCCGUGUACAUGUCCCUGUGGGGCGGUCUACUGGCCUCCACGCAACUCAUCGGCCAGUUAGUUGCCGGGUGGCUCAGUGACGCUACUGGGCGCAAGGGGACCAUGUACACUUUCACCGUCUUUUGUAUCGUGGGAGUGUCUCUGGAAUGCGCUGCGACAGAGUGGAAACUCUGGCUUGCAGCCAAGACCCUCAUGGGGGUAGCCCUUGGGAUGGUUCAAGUUUCUAUCACCACAUACGUGUCCGAAGUGGCCCCAGCCCAAAUCCGUGGAGCCCUGCUCAGUGGAUACAGCCUGGCAUUCGCCCUCGGCCAGUUCGCAUCUGCCAUUGCUCUGCAGAUAAUCCAAACGUCCGCCCAACCACUAAAGUGGCGCCGAGCAGUCUACUCACAAUGGGUGUUCAUUGGCAUCUGGAUGAUCAUAAUGGUCAUUCUUCCCGAAAGCCCAUGGUACUGGGCUGGAAAGCAGAAUGUCGCCCAAGCCAAAGCUUCUUUGCGCAGGUUGUAUGGAAACAUCCCUGGUUAUGAUGUGGACCGGGAGUACGCUGUCAUGGAGAAGGAGAUCGCCCACUCGAAGGCAAUCCACGCUGAAGGUAAACUGCCACGGUUUGCCGAGAUCUUCAAGGGGGUGAACCUCCGUCGAACGCUGGCCUCCAUGAUGCCAAUCAUGCUGCAGCAACUGUGUGGAGUACCCAUCUUCUUCUCAUACCUCACUUACUUGUUCCAAAUGGCUGGAAUCAAGGAUCCGUUCCAAUCGACGGUCAUCAUGUAUGUGAUCCUCUUGGUCGGCAUUACCAUCUCCUUCUGGACAACAGAACUCGUUGGCCGCCGACCUGUCCUGCUCUGGGGAUGUGUCCUCAUGGUCCUGGCCAACAUUGGACUGGGAAUCACUGGCUCAGUUAAAACGACGGACGGCGCCUUACGGGGCUCACUGGCAAUGAGCUGCAUUUGGGUCUUUGUCUACUCUAUGUCAGCAGCUCCCUUGGGCUGGAUCUCAGCAGCCGAAACGGCCACACCAUACCUCAAGUCCUUGACCACUGGAUUUGCGAUUGGUUGCUACUCGGCCCUUAACCUCAUCUUCCAGUUCUGUGUGCCAUUGAUGUUAGCCAAGGAUGGUGCCGACUGGGGAGUGAAAGCUGCGUACUUGUUUGCAGGCCUAGCUAUACUCGGCGGGAUCGGAAUCUACUUUCUCACACCGGAGACGGCUGGCAGGACAUACUCAGAGCUCGAUGAGCUCUUCGAAUCAGGUAUCUCGCCGCGCAAGUUCGCUCAGACCAAGACUUCAGCCCAGAUGACAGGUACGAAGGAUUCGGAGCGCGUCAGCAGCGUUGUAUAA